CCUCACUCUCACACACUCCUCUAACACGCUGAACCUCUUUUCUCAAGAUGACUGCAGGGCUCUGUGUGUGUGUCGUGCUGGCAGUCCUGUGUACGAGCUGUUUGGGACUCCCCUUCUCCUCUCAGCCCCUGGACGAGGGCCAGCGCUCCGUCUCCGCUCCCUCUGAAGCUCUCCUUGAUUCUGACAUCCACACCUUGGGAGAACCCCAGCCCCGACACAGCCGCUCUGCCAGCCAGCUGAAAGCUCUCCCUCUGGCUGAGGAUGAUGCAGACUCCCGGGCCAACCUCAGUGAGCUGCUGGCAAGACUCAUCUCCUCCAGGAAAGGCUCUGUGCGCAGAAACUCCACAGCGAACAGCAGAGGCAGCGGACUGAGCGCCAACCACCGGAUAGCAGACAGGGACUACUUGGGCUGGAUGGACUUCGGCCGCCGCAGCGCAGAGGAAUACGAGUACUCCUCGUAAAAAAGCGGGGUCACGGCUCAUACCCCCUUCGUACAGGCACAUGAGAAAAAGAAGAAAAAAACCCAUGCAAGCUGGCUCCUCACUGUCUCACAAUAAGAGUCUAUUUAUGAUGUAUUUGUUGUACAUUUGUUUGUAAAACUGUAAUAAUGCAAUAUACAUAUGCCAAAUUUUGCAGAAAAGCUCUCACUGUCCAAGGUUUGUUUGUUUCUGGUUUUUUCUCUGGUUUUCUUUAUCAUUUUUUUGGUGGUAAGGACUGGGAUGGUGUCAGGGUCUGUAGAGACUAACUGGACUGAAUAAAGAUUGAAAAUAUCA